AUGUCAACUACAGAACUGCUACCAGGCACAAUCGGAAGUAUCACUACCAACACAUUCUGGUCUAUCUUCACAAUUGUCGCUGUAUCCUCUAUAUUCGAGACUUUAUCUUGCAACAGUAAAAAAAACAUGCUCCGUAAUGCAAGUCUGGUGAAUAUGCUUCUGGAUGAGAAAAUGCUCGGUGGUACUGGUGCUGGUGUUGGUAUCCCAGAACAUUACGGUCCGUCACUUUAUGAUUCGUGGGAAGAAACAGAGAGUGAAGAAGAAAUAGUAGUAGAAGAAGAUAUCGAGAUGAAUGUCUGGGAUAUAUGGAAGAAAACCCUUGACACUAAGCAGAGAGAUGGUGAUAUCGAUAAGUAUAGCUUGAAGCAUUUAAACAUUAUUCAACUUGGAAACAAGCUUGGUUCCAAGAUAACACAAAAAUACUACCCCAAAAAUUUAAUCAAAAAAACUGGACUCACACUUGAAGAGAUACCUUGCUCAUUCGUUGAAGAUAAUGAAUUCUACAAUAACAUAUUUGAUACUAUUGCUCUUUCGGAUGAGUUUUCCUCAAAUGAAGUACUGGUCGAAACGGCCUCGCUUGUAUUUAACGUCAGUGGAUUGUUUAUUGAUGAUAGUGAUGUUUACAACAACGAAAUAAGUUAUAACCACUACAUUAUAUGGUCAAUUCUGAACUCGUUAUCAAAAUCAAUUCAGAAGACUAAGUUUUCAUUGGGUGAAAAGAGAUUAGAAGCUGUAUCCCAGGAGCUAAAGUUGAUCCAUAAUGACAAUCAGCAUUUCUAUAAUGCUGAUGGUAUCGUCUCAAAUAUAGAAAGUAAGAUCGAGAUAGCAAUCUUGGAAACAACAGGCCCUUUACUUCAACAAAAUGCCCCAAAGGAAACUCAAGAUUAUAUCAAGGCUGGAUACGGUCUUGUCGCCAUGCUGCAUGUCAUCGGGCGAAAGUUCCAUUAUGACAUAUCCGCUAACGUUUUAUUUUAUGGUGUUUUUCAGCAACAAAAAUCAGGAUUUGGAGAGCAUUUAUGCCAGCAAGCAAGUUUUAUGUGA